CUGAAUCCACUUUAUUCUUCGACACGUCCAUGCAAGCAGAGAUUCGUGGAAUUCCGGAUCAUCUACGCUCGCGGGAGAUCCCUAAAAUAUUCACAAGUAAAUAUCAACACAUAGACUGCCUUAAAAUGUUUUACACUGAUGGGUCACGAAUCAGUGAGGCCACUGGUUUCGGUAUUUUCAACAAUAAUUUUUCAAUUUCUCUCAAACUUGCAGAACCCGCCUCUGUUUAUAUAGCGGAACUAGCAGCAGUUCACUAUAGUUUGCAAAUAAUUAAUACUUUACCCCCGAACCAUUACUUUAUCCUCACUGAUAGUCUCAGCACAAUUGCAGCUCUACGCUCAAAGAGGAUUGAUAAUCACGAUCCAUUCUUUUUGGGGAAGAUACGAGAAUCUCUGAGUAACCUGACAAGAAAAUGUUAUAAAUUUACCCUAGUGUGGCUCCCCGCCCAUUGCUCUAUUGCGGGCAAUGAGAAAGCUGAUAAUUUAGCCAAGAUUGGUGCACUAGAUGGUGAAAUAUAUGAAAGACCCAUCGCUUACAAUGAAUUUUAUAGCGCUUCUCGACAGAGGACACUUGCUAGUUGGCAAACAUCUUGGGACAAUGGAGAUAUGGGACGAUGGCUACACUCAAUUACCCCUAAAGUAUCAACGAAGGCAUGGUUCAAAGGAUUGGAUAUGCGCAUCUCCGUCGUAUUGGGCUCGCUGAGGGUAAUCAUUGUGCUUGUGGAGAAGGUUACCAUGACAUUGAGCAUGUUGUUUGGUCCUGCACUGAAUAUCGUGAAGCCAGAUCACAAUUAGUAGAUUCUUUACAAGUCCGAGGAAGACCAAUCCAUGUUCCUGUCAGAGACAUCCUGGCGUAUC